AGUCUGAACUCAUUAGUCGCAUAAAGUACACAGUGAUAAGCUACAUAUAAGCUACUCCGUCAUUCAAUCAUGAGUCACGGUAUAGGACCAAUACGUCUCUGUAUACCUAGAUAUCUAUUGAAAUUAGCUGGACGAAAAUAUAAAACAGUUUCUGUUUUAUUUACACAGUUGACAUUUGAAUAACAAAAAAUUUUAGCGUUCGUUUUGAUAAACUUUUUAUAUUUUUUUUCUCAGACUAGUUGUUUGUUGUUUUGCUUCGUAGUUCGUGUUGUGAUGGUUUUAUAAAUUUAAAAAUUUUUAAUCAUUGUUGUGAUCGAUAAAAAUCCAAAAAUGUCGAAAAUUUGGAUAAUUUUGUGCGUUGUUUUAAAAUUGACCCAAGAUGUUCACUUGAUUGCAUUACCCGAAGAGAUCAAACCAUCAACAUCUACGAUAAAUCCUGCCAACAAAGCUGGUGGAAAUGCUUUCGAAUGUGGCGUCACGUCAUUUUCAAAAAUCAAACCGAAAAGUCGUCGUGAUCCCGAUCCCAGCAUGGUCAAUGCUGAAAAUUCCAAAUUAGGUGAUUGGCCAUGGAUGGCUGGGCUCUUGUAUCGAAAUCGUACCCCAACCUACGAACACCCAAAACCUAAAUCAAAAUGCGGAGGUAGUCUUAUUUCCAAUCAAUGGGUGGUAACAGCAGCUCAUUGCGUUGUUCAAUAUAACGUCCAUGUGACAUUACAAUCUGUACUUCUUGGUGAUUUGAAUUUAAACGACAGUGUUGCCGAUGGAGCAAAGCCUAUCGAAAUUUACAUCGAUAAGGUCUACGUACAUCCUGGAUUCUCUCUGUAUCCAGUUAUUAACGAUAUUGCUCUACUACGUUUGAAAGAUCCUGUUGAAUUUACUGAAUACAUACGUCCAAUUUGCAUUACGAAAAAAGGAGAAUGGCUUAAAAAUGAUUCGUACUAUAAGAACAAAACUGCUUAUGUGGUUGGAUUUGGUAGUUAUCUCGAAGGAGGAGAGCCAUCAACAGCGUUACAAGCUGCUUCUAUUCCUUUAAUUGACACCGAAACAUGUGUUGAAAGAUACCAAGGAUAUAGUACGAUAAUAGAUAAUCGAGUAUUGUGUGCUGGAGGAAAUGGUUCAGACGCUUGUCAAGGAGCAUCCGGUGGACCUUUAGCUAUACCGCUUGAAAACCGAUGGCAUUUAAUAGGAAUCGUGUCUUAUGGUGUGGGAUGUGGUGACCCAAGUUUUCCUGGGAUUUAUACGAAAGUAGCUUCGUAUUCAGACUGGAUUAAAAAUGUGACUGGUAUAAUUAAUUAAUACUCGAGUUACAAGUAAAUAUGUAAUGUAUUCAAAAUAUAAGACUAAUUGUAUGAAAACUUUCAAAUUACUUACCUACUUACAUUUUAUACUUUGAGUUACCUAGCCUAAGUAUUUAUACAUAUGUAUUUAAAAAAUAAGAUGUCUCAAAAGAGAAAAAAAAUCUAAACUGUGAUUUAAUGAAA